GCAAGUUGCAUCGUCGCUGUCUGAACGCAAGAUGAAGCGGUCGCAGUCGCCGUACUUGGGCGACGUCAAGCGCGUCCGGCGCGGAAGCGUCGAUGGGACCUUCGAGUACGCGGGCUUCGACAUGGACAUGGAGAAUCUCUCGGUGGACGACGCCAUGGCCGACGACGACGAGGAGAACGACAACGAGGUGGCCAAGAUCCUCGCCGGCCGCGACGAUGGCAGCAUUCUUCCGCGCAUGGCCAUUAGCGUCCGGUCGUUCACGCCCAUUGAGCUCUCAAUUGCAGAGACAGUUGGCGCGUCGCAGAGCCCCGACCGACUCACGCUCUCGCCACGCACCGAGGCUCGCAUCCAGAGCCGCAGCUUCUACUUGGAGCUGCACGAAGGUACGCUGCACCGUCUGAGCCGCGCCCAGCGCCAAGCCAUGCAAGCUGCGGGCCUCCUCUUCAUCCCGCUCACCGCUACGAGUCCGACGAUCGCGUUCACGCGCGAAUGGCUCACGCGCGGUGCCAUGGCCGAGAUCUACGGCCCGUACAAGCAGUACCUGAGCCGGAAGGGCUCGGUGACCGUGGAGUGGACGCGACAGCACUACGCGGCCGAGAUCAGCGUCACCAACGGCAGCAAGAACAACGUAUUCAUCGACAAGACACGACUGGCCCCGCAAGGCCAGUCGGUCCUCCUCCACGAAGAAACCAUCAAAAUCCUCACGACACCAUACGCCCAGCGCGUCGUGCUCGGCUACACGCUGCACGAAGGCCUUCUCGAGUCGUCGGCGCAAGGCGUGGCCCACAACCACAUUGCAGUACUGUUUGCCCAUCCGAUCGCCAUGUACCCGUCGUUCAGCAUGACGUUAGCAGGACUGGAAUACCGGGCGAUGCUUACCGAGCUCGCCAAGAACCUCCAGAGCAGCGCCAAUGUGUCGAAAUGCCACGUCGAGAGCGACGGCAGCGUUGUCCUCGCGCCCCGACCGCUCGUGCAAGUGAUGCUGGAGUUUGCGACGCCUAUGACAGUCCAAGAACUGUGCGCGGACGGCUGCCGCGUCAUGCACUUUGUGUGCCACGUCGACCACCAGUACGUCCUCUUGGAAGAUGGCGUCGGGGGCGGUACGCGGGUCGCGCGGGAUGAGAUGCGCGGUAUCCUCGCCCACUCGAGCGUCGAACUCGUGCAAGUGACCUCAUACGACAAGGCGGCGUCCAGCCACCGCUUCUUCCUACAGUGUGGCGUGCCUCACGUGAUUGCCAUGCAUCCGUCGUCCAAGGCCGACUCGGACACGACCAUGACCUUUACCAAGGUCCUCCAUGCGUCGCUCGCGGCGGGCCGGACCAUCCAAGACGCGUUUGACGCUGCACAGCACUUCAUUGCACUGCUCGGCCACGCGACGACCCGGUUCGUCUUGUACCCUGAGGACGCGUGUCAUGACGUAACCUUGUUUCCGCCAUCGCCGCCCGAGCCGCUGGCACAGUCGAGCGCCGCGCGGUAUGCGGCCGAGAGUCCUUCGACGCAUGUGCUUGGCAGCGUCACCAAACAUUUUCACGGCCGCUUGGACGAAGCGCAAGUGGUCUGUCGUAUGCUCAUGGGGCGACGGCGGCCGCGGUGGGUGAGUAUUCUUGGUCCGCGCCGUGUCGGCAAGUCGCAGUUUGUGUUGGCUGUUGCCCAGUACAUUGGCCAGCGCAAGGUGUUUGGCGGCGGCAUCGUGUACAUCAACAUCCCGCUCGAGCUGCGGUACCAGUCCCACGACGCGAUCCGCGCGUCGGUCUUGGACGUCUUUGAGAUGCUCGAGCACGAACUGGGCAAGUGGCAGCACGUGCUUGUGAUUCUCGACGGCUACGAAAGCUUCUCGCUGUCAUCGCAGCUGGAGAAGGAGCUUGAGCCGCGCGUGGCCAAGCACCACAACAUUUCAUUUCUCGCCACCGGCCUCGACGCGACGCACGUCCCGACAUGGUCCUACACGACCGAGACACUCAAGCUACCGCCACUGGCAAUACACGGCGCGCCGUCAGCGCCAGCGACCGACGACGACCUCGAAGACCUCUUGCGCGUACCAGCCAUGGACUAUGCGAGAACGCCACCGCCGGUACUGUGGGCGCCCGAGACGCCGCCGCCAGCGUUGCCGACGCCCCGAUCGCUUACGACCAAGCCGUCCUGCGCGAUCAUGUAAUUGCACCGGUUGGCAUACGAGCAUCAAGCCUUGUGUGCUGUGCACGUCGCACAAGCGAUGCGCGCCAGAGCGUCUUGCGAGGGCACUGACAACCUAGCACCCAAGAGCAACCUUCGCCCCGUGCAGCGACGCAGGAUGCUAUCGUAACUAGAGCCGCAACAAACUUGAGUAAAUUGCGUGUACAGCAACGAGCUUGGACGACGUGUAUCCACACUGCUGGGUGAGCGCACACCCAGUCGAAGAUGACGACCGACGACGAGAACCUUGUAAAAGUGCAUCCCAGUUA